AUGUGUAAACCUAUAGUUACUCUCUCUUGGCCUCUCCCUCUCGUCCUGGUCGUCCUCUAUCUCCGUCUCGUGCUGUUCUCGCUGUGGACCUCUCUUUUGGCCUCUCCCCCUCGUCCUGGUCGUCCUCUAUCUCCACCUCGUGCUGUUCUCGCUGUGGACCUCUCUCUUGGCCUCCCCCCCUCGUCCUGGUCGUUCUCUAUCUCCGUCUCGUGCUGUUCUCGCUGUGGACCUCUCUUGGCCUCUCCCCCUCGUCCUGGUCGUUCUCUAUCUCCGUCUCGUGCUGUUCUCGCUGUGGACCUCUCUCUUGGCCUCUCCCCCUCGUCCUGGUCGUUCUCUAUCUCCGUCUCGUGCUGUUCUCGCUGUGGACCUCUCUUGGCCUCUCCCCCUCGUCCUGGUCGUUCUCUAUCUCCGUCUCGUGCUGUUCUCGCUGUGGACCUCUCUCUUGGCCUCUCCCCCUCGUCCUGGUCGUUUCUCUAUCUCUGCCUCGUGCUGUUCUCGCUGUGGACCUCUCUCUUGGCCUCCCCCCCUCGUCCUGGUCGUUUCUCUAUCUCCGUCUCGUGCUGUUCUCGCUGUGGACCUCUCUUGGCCUCUCCCCCUCGUCCUGGUCGUUCUCUAUCUCCACCUCGUGCUGUUCUCGCUGUGGACCUCUCUUGGCCUCCCCCCCUCGUCCUGGUCGUUUCUCUAUCUCCGUCUCGUGCUGUUCUCGCUGUGGACCUCUCUCUUGGCCUCCCCCCCUCGUCCUGGUCGUUUCUCUAUCUCCGUCUCGUGCUGUUCUCGCUGUGGACCUCUCUUGGCCUCUCCCCCCUCGUCGUCGGUGACCUGGCUCGUCUGGUCGUUCUCUAUCUCCACCUCGUGCUGUUCUCGCUGUGGACCUCUCUUGGCCUCCCCCCCUCGUCCUGGUCGUUCUCUAUCUCCCUCGUCUCGUGCUGUUCUGCUGUGGACUCUCUCUUGGCCUCCCCCCCUCGUCCUGGUCGUUCUCUAUCUCCGUCUCGUGCUGUUCUCGCUGUGGACCUCUCUCUUGGCCUCCCCCCCUCGUCCUGGUCGUUCUCUAUCUCCGUCUCGUGCUGUUCUCGCUGUGGACCUCUCUCUUGGGUCCUCCCCCUCGUCGUCCUGGUCCCCCCCGUUGGUCUCUAUCUCCGUCUCGUGCUGUUCUCGCUGUGGACCUCUCUCUUGGCCUCUCCCCCUCGUCCUGGUCGUUUCUCUAUCUCUGCCUCGUGCUGUUCUCGCUGUGGACCUCUCUUGGCCUCUCCCCCUCGUCCUGGUCGUUCUCUAUCUCUGUCUCGUGCUGUUCUCGCUGUGGACCUCUCUCUUGGCCUCUCCCCCUCGUCCUGGUCGUUUCUCUAUCUCUGCCUCGUGCUGUUCUCGCUGUGGACCUCUCUCUUGGCCUCCCCCCCUCGUCCUGGUCGUUCUCUAUCUCCACCUCGUGCUGUUCUCGCUGUGGACCUCUCUUGGCCUCCCCCCCUCGUCCUGGUCGUUCUCUAUCUCCGUCUCGUGCUGUUCUCGCUGUGGACCUCUCUUGGUCUCUCCCCCUCGUCCUGGUCGUUUCUCUAUCUCCGCCUCGUCCUGUUCUCGCUGUGGACCUCUCUUGGCCUCUCCCCCUCGUCCUGGUCGUUCUCUAUCUCCACCUCGUCCUGUUCUCGCUGUGGACCUCUCUUUUGGCCUCUCCCCCUCGUCCUGGUCGUUCUCUAUCUCCGCCUCGUGCUGUUCUCGCUGUGGACCUCUCUUUUGGCCUCUCCCCCUUGUCCUGGUCGUUCUCUAUCUCUGUCUCGUGCUGUUCUUGCUGUGGACCUCUCUUGGCCUCUCCCCCUCGUCCUGGUCGUUCUCUAUCUCCGUCUCGUGCUGUUCUCGCUGUGGACCUCUCUUGGUCUCUCCCCCUCGUCCUGGUCGUUCUCUAUCUCCGUCUCGUGCUGUUCUCGCUGUGGACCUCUCUCUUGGCCUCUCCCCCUCGUCCUGGUCGUUUCUCUAUCUCCGUCUCGUGCUGUUCUCGCUGUGGACCUCUCUUUUGGCCUCUCCCCCUCGUCCUGGUCGUUCUCUAUCUCUGUCUCGUGCUGUUCUUGCUGUGGACCUCUCUUUGGCCUCUCCCCCUCGUCCUGGUCGUUCUCUAUCUCCGUCUCGUGCUGUUCUCGCUGUGGACCUCUCUUGGUCUCUCCCCCUCGUCCUGGUCGUUCUCUAUCUCCGUCUCGUGCUGUUCUCGCUGUGGACCUCUCUCUUGGCCUCUCCCCCUCGUCCUGGUCGUUUCUCUAUCUCCGUCUCGUGCUGUUCUCGCUGUGGACCUCUCUUGGCCUCUCCCCCUCGUCCUGGUCGUUCUCUAUCUCCACCUCGUGCUGUUCUCGCUGUGGACCUCUCUCUUGGCCUCUCCCCCUCGUCCUGGUCGUUCUCUAUCUCCACCUCGUGCUGUUCUCGCUGUGGACCUCUCUUGGCCUCUCCUCCUCGUCCUGGUCGUUCUCUAUCUCCGCCUCGUGCUGUUCUCGCUGUGGACCUCUCUUGGUCUCUCAUCCUCGUCCUGGUCGUUCUCUAUCUCCACCUUGUGCUGUUCUCGCUGUGGACCUCUCUUGGCCUCUCCCUCUCGUCCUGGUCGUUCUCUAUCUCCGCCUCGUGCUGUUCUCGCUGUGGACCUCUCUCUUGGCCUCUCCCCCUCGUCCUGGUCGUUCUCUAUCUCCACCUUGUGCUGUUCUCGCUGUGGACCUCUCUUGGCCUCUCCCCCUUGUCCUGGUCGUUCUCUAUAUCCGCCUCGUGCUGUUCUCGCUGUGGACCUCUCUUGGUCUCUCAUCCUCGUCCUGGUCGUUCUCUAUCUCCGCCUCGUGCUGUUCUCGCUGUGGACCUCUCUCUUGGCCUCUCCCCCUCGUCCUGGUCGUUCUCUAUCUCCGCCUCGUGCUGUUCUCGCUGUGGACCUCUCUUGGCCUCUCCCCCUCGUCCUGGUCGUUUCUCUAUCUCCACCUCGUGCUGUUCUCGCUGAGUGACAUUACUGCGAAGACCACGGAGCGUAGUGUAAAUGUACGAAGUCACAUAGUGCAUCAGCGUUUCAUUUUCCAUGUCAUUUAA